GAAACAUAAUGUUCUACUAGCAGUGAUAAGAAAUCUGACAUCUUUAUCUUGUACAACUAGAUCACGGACAAACUUCAAGGUAUUUAACGAAAUCUUCAUUGAGAUAGUGAACAUUCCUUGUGAAAAUACUAGGCCUUACUGUUAUUUAAAGGGAAACAUUGUACAUAGCCAUGUACAUCGUGUUAUCAUUGAUUGUCGGAUUGUUCUGCGCACGUUACGCAGAAUGCGCUCAGUGCGCAUGUGCAACAACGAACGUGCAUGUUCGAGAUGGAGCUGGUACAACACAUACCAUACUAACUACUCUUGCUACAGGUCAUUGUCUGACCUUUAAAGGUCACAGACAAACAGUGAGCGGAGCAUCUUGGGUGAAUGUUGACUACCAUGGAAAGAACGGGUGGAUACAUGAAGGUUAUGUCACAAUUUCACACUGUGGUUCAUCUUCUACAACGAACAAUCACGUACAGCUCGCUGGAUGCCCGCAUAUCAUAACACGUGCAGAAUGGGGCGCACGUGCCUCUACUUCUGUGCACGGGAAACUUCAUCUUCCCGUCAAAUAUAUGUUUAUACAUCACGGUGCUUCCGGCUUCUGUCACACCAAGGCUGAUUGUAUACAGAAAGUGAAAAGCUACCAAAAUUAUCACAUGGACGGUCACGGUUGGUCAGAUAUUGGAUAUAGUUUUGUUGUUGGCGAGGACGGCAAUGUUUAUGAGGCACGAGGUUGGGACGCUGUUGGUGCACACACGUAUGGUUAUAAUAGUGUCGGACUUGCAAUUUGUGUAAUUGGUGAUUUCACUAGCCGCGUACCAAACGACGCAGCCCUCAACGCCGUGAAACAGCUCAUCGCUUGCGGCCUUGCUAAUGGAAAACUGUCCUCUACAUAUCUUCUGCGAGGUCACAGAGAUGUGGGACAAACAGCAUGUCCUGGCCAAAAACUGUACGAUCUCAUCCAAACAUGGCCACACUAUUAGACCAGCAGUGUUUUAUGUGCUUUGCUAGUAUGAAACGAAUUCAUUUACGUUUCUGCUU